AAGAUUUUUUUCUGCUGAAUGGCAACAUUCACAUUGUCAACUCCCGCCAUAGAAAAUUUUGACCGAAAAGAAGUGGAGAUUAUGAUUACGACGCCAUCAUAUUGAAAGAAAAGUAAUCAACAUGGCUAGUCGAGACCACAAAUUAGUUGUGGAUAAAGAUGCUUUCUAUCGUAGGCUUCGAAAGUUGUAUUCUGCUUGGUCGAAUCCCGAAGGUGAAAAUGGAUUUUCUAAAAUGGAUGCUUUGGUGUGUGCUGUUGGUGUUGAUGAUGAUAUUGUUUACAGUAAAUCCACUGCUUUACAGACAUGGCUCUUUGCUUAUGAGCUUACUGAUACCCUAAUGGUUUUUUGUGAAAAUAGUGUUUACUUUCUGGCCAGUAAAAAGAAAGUAGAUUUUUUAAAGCAAUUUGAAUCUGGGAAGGAAAAUGAAAACGGUGUUCCAUCACUCUCAGUUUUAGUUCGUGAUAAGGCUGAUAAAGACAAAGCAAAUUUUGAAAAACUGAUUGCAGCUAUUAAAAACAGUAAGAAGGGUAAUGUUAUUGGUGAGUUUUCUAAAGACAAAUUUCCUGGGGACUUUUUAGAAUCUUGGAGAGCUGCGAUUUCCAAGGAAAAUUUUGAAACUGUUGAUGUAACUGUAACUGCUGCUUAUUUGAUGGCUCCUAAAGAAGAAAGUGAAAUUGCGACCAUAAAAAAAGCAUCUCAAGUAACUGUAGAUGUGUUCUCUAAGUAUCUGAAAGAUCAGAUAAUGGAAAUAAUUGAUGCUGAUAAGAAAGUAAAGCAUAUGAAGCUCACGGAAGGUGUUGAACAAGCUGUUAAUGACAAAAAGUAUGUAACUGGUGUUGAUAUGCAACAAGUUGAUUUAUGUUAUCCUGCUAUUAUCCAAUCUGGUGGGAACUAUAAUUUGAAAUUUAGUGUAUCCAGUGACAAGAAUAAUUUACAUUUUGGGGCAAUCACAUGUGCAUUAGGUGCAAGAUACAAAUCAUAUUGUUCAAAUAUAGUAAGAACAUUGCUUGUUAAUCCCACCAAAGAGCAAGAAGAACUAUACAAUUUCCUUUUAUUACUUCAAGAAACUGUGUUAAGUAAAUUACAACAUGGUGUUAAACUUUGUGAUGUUUAUGCUGAGGCAGUAUCCUUUGUAGAAAAGAAUCAUAAAGAAUUGCUGGAUAAAAUGGUCAAAAAUUUAGGGUUUGGAAUGGGAAUUGAAUUCCGUGAAAGUACACUUGCAAUCACAGCUAAAGCCAAUGCUGUUGCCAAAAAAGGUAUGGUGUUCAGCGUUAAUAUUGGGUUCUCGAAUUUAGAAAAAAAGGUUGAUAACAAAACUGAAGUGUAUGCGUUGUUUAUUGGAGAUACUGUAGCAGUUAAUGAAGGUCAACCUUGUACAAUACUGACAAAUAAUAAGAAAAAGCUAAAGAAUAUUGCAAUUGUACUUAAGGAUGAUGAUGAGGAGGAAGAAGAGGAAGUAGAACCUGUUGUACAAGAAGAAACCUUAGUCCGUGGAAGAAGAACUGCUAUUUUGGAUUCGAAAUUAAGAACUGAACAAUCGGCAGAAGAAAAAAGGAAACAGCGUCAAAAAGAGUUAGCAGAACAAUUGAAUAGAGAAGCUCAAGCUAGGUUGGCUGAACAAACUGGUGAAAAGAAAGAAGAAAAAGUGAGAAAGUCAAAUGUCUCUUAUAAAUCAGUUGGUCAACUUCCAAAAGAAGAUGAGCUUAAAGAAUUAAAGUUGUUUGUUGAUAGGAAAUAUGAAACUGUUAUUCUUCCUGUUAUGGGAAUAAAUGUUCCAUUUCAUAUAGCUACCAUUAAAAAUAUCAGUCAGUCUGUAGAAGGUGAUUAUACUUACCUCAGGAUAAAUUUUUUCCAUCCUGGCUCAGCUUUAGGAAGAAAUGAGGGGAAUAUCUUUCCAAACCCAGAAGCAACAUUUUUAAAAGAAGUUACAUACAGAAGCACGAAUAUUAAAGAACCUGGUGAAUUAUCUGCUCCUUCUACAAACCUCAACACAGCAUUUAGGCUUAUAAAAGAAGUACAGAAGAAAUAUAAGACAAGAGAAGCUGAAGAGAGAGAGAAAGAAGGCAUUGUUAAACAAGAUACUCUAGUUCUCAGUUCAAACAAGGGAAAUCCAAAGCUGAAAGACUUGUAUAUCCGACCUAAUAUAUAUUCAAAAAGAAUUUCAGGCACUUUGGAAGCCCAUACAAAUGGUUUUAGAUUUACAUCAGUACGGGGUGAUAAAGUAGAUAUUCUUUACAAUAAUAUCAAACAUGCCUUUUUCCAGCCCUGUGAUGGAGAAAUGAUUAUAUUGCUACAUUUCACACUUAAAAACGCCAUUAUGUUUGGAAAGAAGAGAAAUAAUGAUGUUCAAUUUUACACAGAAGUAGGAGAAAUUACAACUGAUUUAGGAAAACAUCAGCAUAUGCAUGAUAGAGAUGAUUUGGCUGCUGAACAGGCUGAAAGAGAUCUUAGACAAAAACUAAAAACAGCUUUUAAAACAUUCUGCGACAAAGUUGAACAGAUGACUAAACAAGAAGUUGAAUUUGAUACUCCGUUCAGAGAACUUGGCUUUCCUGGGGUACCUUCAAGAAGUACAGUUCAACUUCAGCCAACAUCUGGAUGUUUAGUGAAUUUAACUGAUUGGCCUCCAUUCGUGGUUACAUUAGAAGAAAUAGAAUUAGUUCACUUUGAGAGAGUACAAUUCCAUCUGAAAAAUUUUGACAUGAUUUUUGUAUUUAAAGAUUAUCAUAAAAAGACAUCCAUGGUAAAUGCAAUUCCUAUGACCAUGCUAGAUCAUGUCAAAGAAUGGCUGAACUCAUGUGAUAUCCGGUAUACUGAAGGUAUACAAAGUUUAAAUUGGACCAAAAUUAUGAAGACCAUUACUGAUGAUCCUGAUGGGUUUUUUGAGAGUGGUGGUUGGUCAUUUCUUGACCCUGAAAGUGAGGGUGAAGGAGGGGAAGAUGAUGAAGAUUCUGAGGAUGAUGAUCAAUAUCAACCCAGUGGCUCUGAAGAUGAAGAAGAAAGCAGUGAGGAAGAAGAUUUAAGUGGCUCCGAAUUUUCUGAAGUAGAUGAUAGCUCAGAGGGCGAAAUGGGUAGUAGUGAGGAAAGUGGAAAAGAUUGGUCUGAACUUGAGGAAGAAGCUGCUUUAGCUGACAGAGAAAGAGAUGAUUUCCAAGAUGAAUAUACCAAGAAAGGAAAACAUGGCAGUAGUAGUAGUAGUAAACAUAAUGACCGUAGUGACCGCCGACAUAGUGAUAAAAAGAAAUCUAAGAAAAGUCCUGUUAAAGGUUCAAGUGAUGGAAAAAGAAAGCGUCAUUCAUCUGGUGAUAAAAGAAGCAGCAGCAAACCUAGUAAAAAACAUAAGAAAUAAUGGAAUAAAGAUGAAUUUGAAAUUAUUCUUGCAUACAACAUCUGGGACCUCAUUGUUUGGAGAAUGUUUUGCAGUAGAGGCCCUUGUGUUCCAAUAUAUUGCCAGCCAGCAGUUGUUACUUUCUCAUGGCUUUCUUUUUUUUUUUACCAUCACAAAACACUCAACUUUGUAUGAUAAUGUAUAUUUGAAAUUUCAUCUGUCAUUGAACUGUUUUUAACUACCAUGAUAAACGCAAUUUUGGAAGGAAAAUGGGAGCAUUUUACACUGUUUGUCUUUAUAUGUUACUUUCUUUCAUUUCAAAUUUCCCCAUUAACUGAAAUAUUUGUAAUUUUCUCAAUUCAUGUUAUGAGACGUUAGAUAUUCCGAAAUAAAUAAAAAAUCUGUUUUUAGUA